AUGUCCCUGACAGAAUCUUCCGCACUCGACAUUGCCAAAACGGCAUCUUUGGCAUCUCGCCAACUUGCCACUUUAUCCGCGAUUGACCGCAAUCAAGCAUUGACAGCACUCCAUGAUGCACUUUCCAAGAAUAAAGAAAUAAUUCUUGAAGCUAAUGCACGGGAUGUUCAACUUGCAAGUCGAGCGGCGGAAGAUGGCAGUCUCAGCCAUAGCGCUCUUAAGAGACUGGACCUAUCGAGGUCGGGAAAAUAUGACGAUAUGCUCAAAGGGAUUCUUAGCGUUCGGGAUUUGGAAGAUCCAAUCGGCAGAGUCACCCUGAAGACUCUUCUGGAUGAUGGUUUGACUCUCGAGAGAGUGACUUGUCCAAUUGGUGUCCUCCUUAUCAUUUUUGAGGCACGCCCAGAAGUCAUCGCGAAUAUCGCCGCUCUGUCUAUCAAAUCGGGUAAUGCCGCUAUUCUGAAAGGGGGCAAGGAGUCUACCGAGUCUUUCAUUGCAAUAUCAAGAGUAAUAUCUGAAGCAAUUUCAGGGACCUGUGUGCCCAAGGCAGCAGUCCAGCUUGUGAAAACGAGAGAUAUCGUCACGUCUUUGCUAGCGCAAGACUCACUGAUAGAUCUUGUCAUUCCACGUGGCUCGAACGAUCUUGUCCGAUUUGUCAAGGAGAAUACUAAAAUUCCGGUGCUCGGCCAUGCUGACGGCCUGUGCUCCGCGUAUAUUCAUAUCGAUGCGGAUCUCACCAUUGCUGUCAAAGUAAUUGUGGACUCAAAGACAGAUUACCCCGCCGCCUGCAAUUCGUUAGAAACGUUGCUCGUCCAUGAAGACGCUCUGGAGACCAUCUUCCCUGCCGUCGCGGAGGCUCUUCUAGCCAAGGGAGUUUGCCUUCGAUGCGAUGCUCAAUCCAAAUCUAUUAUAGCGAAGAGUGUACCUACAGCGCCUGCGGAGCUAAUCAAGGAUGCCGUCCACUCUGAUUAUGAUACAGAAUUUCUGGAUCUGGUUUUGGCGGUUAAGACCAUCUCGUCAACGGCUUCACCAAUGUCUGCGGUGGAGACUGCCAUCGCUCAUAUCAAUUCGCAUUCGUCUAAACAUACGGAUCUAAUUCUGACUGAAUCGACGGAUAUUGCAGAAGCAUUUAUGAGCGGAGUGGAUAGUGCAGGGGUCUUCUGGAAUGCAUCAACAAGAUUUGCGGAUGGAAUGCGAUUUGGAUUUGGCACGGAGGUUGGGAUUAGUACGAAUAAGAUACACACCAGAGGACCUGUGGGAUUGGAUGGAUUGACCAUCUACAAAUAUCGUCUUCGGGGACAAGGCCAUCGAGCAAGCGAUUACGCCGAGGGAGAAGGAGGGAAGAAAUGGAAACAUGAGAGUUUAGCUUUACAAUGA